GCAAGCAACAAUAAAGGCUGGGUCGAAGAGGAAGGGGAAGCUUGGACCGAGCGAGCGAGAGAGGAACUGAGGAAGGGCCGGCCGAGCGAGAGGGAGAGAGGAAUUAAUGGGCGAGGAGGCCAGCUGCAACGCCGUCAGCGUGAUGGAGGCCGCCAAGCAGCAGCAGCCGCCGCCCAAGGAGAACGGCCUCGCCGCUGCCGGGGAGGCCGCGGCCGCGGCCGACCCCCGCCUGCAGGGCAUCUCCGACUCCAUCCGCGUCGUCCCCCACUUCCCCAAAGAAGGCAUCAUGUUCAACGACAUCACCACGCUGCUGCUGCGCCCCGGGGUGUUCAAGGACGCCGUCGACCUCUUCGACGAGCGCUACCGCGGCAUGGGCAUCGACGCCGUCGCCGGGAUUGAGGCCAGGGGCUUCAUAUUUGGCCCGGCAAUCGCAUUGGCCAUUGGCGCCAAGUUCAUACCGCUGCGCAAGCCUAGGAAGCUCCCAGGUGAGGUGAUCUCCGAGAAAUAUGUUCUUGAGUACGGGACUGAUUGUUUAGAGAUGCACGUUGGAGCCAUCGUGCCUGCUGAGCGUGUCAUCAUCGUCGAUGACUUGGUUGCGACCGGAGGUACCCUUUGUGCUGCGAUUAGGCUUCUCGAACGUGCUGGAGCUGAUGUGGUCGAGUGUGCAUGUCUCAUUGGGCUCCCAAAAUUUAAGAACUUAUACAAGCUUAAUGGAAAGCCUGUCUACGUACUGGUGGAGUCCCGUGAAUCUGAUAAAUAAGAAGUGCUGGUCAGGUGGUGUCAUGUUAUCGUUUUCAGCUGCGGGUGCGGCACACCAAGUGCUUCCCUUGAUUCGUUUCUGCGUGUUCUUAAGCUUAGCGGCACACUUCUUUUGCUCAUUUCCUAUCCGACACCCGUAUU